UGGAUUGCCACGCUGCUGUAUCUAAACGUUAAAAAAAGCCUGUCUUUUCGUUGAAGAGGACAGGGGUUAAAAUGAACGAAGACCCGAAGGUCAAUGUAAGCGGGCUGCCUCGGGAUUAUCUAGAUGCCACUGCUGCGGAGAACGUCUCGGCUGCUGUCACCUCCCAGGUGCCUGCAGUAGAGCCCGAGCCCGAGCUGGCGGUCAACCCCUGGGACAUCGUCCUGUGCACCUCGGGAACCCUCAUCUCCUGCGAGAAUGCCAUCGUGGUCCUCAUCAUCUUGCACAACCCCAGCCUGCGGGCGCCCAUGUUCCUGCUGAUAGGCAGCCUGGCUCUCGCAGACCUGCUGGCCGGCGUGGGACUCAUCAUCCAUUUUGUCUUUGCCUACCUGCUUCAGUCUGAGGCCACCAAGCUGGUCACCAUCGGCCUCAUUGUCGCCUCGUUCUCUGCCUCUGUCUGCAGCUUGCUGGCCAUCACCGUGGACCGCUACCUCUCGCUGUAUUACGCGCUGACCUACCACUCGGAGCGAACGGUCACGUUCACCUAUGUCAUGCUGGUCCUGCUCUGGGGGACGUCCAUCUGCCUGGGGCUGCUGCCCGUCAUGGGCUGGAACUGCCUCCGAGACGAGUCCACCUGCAGCGUGGUCAGGCCGCUCACCAAGAACAACGCGGCCAUCCUCUCCGUCUCCUUUCUCUUCAUGUUCGCCCUCAUGCUUCAGCUCUACAUCCAGAUCUGCAAGAUUGUGAUGAGGCACGCCCACCAGAUAGCCCUGCAGCACCACUUCCUGGCCACGUCGCACUACGUGACCACCCGCAAAGGGGUCUCGACCCUGGCCAUCAUCCUGGGGACCUUUGCUGCCUGCUGGAUGCCUUUCACCCUCUACUCCCUGAUAGCGGAUUACACCUACCCCUCCAUCUACACCUAUGCCACCCUCCUGCCCGCCACGUACAAUUCCAUCAUCAACCCUGUCAUAUACGCGUUCAGAAACCAGGAGAUCCAGAAAGCGCUCUGCCUCAUCUGCUGUGGCUGCAUCCCGUCCAGCCUCGCCCAGAGAGCGCGGUCGCCCAGCGACGUGUAGCCGCACCCGGGAGGACUCUGAGUUCACCAAGCACUUCCACUGCCCGGCCAAGGCCCAGGGCUGAGCUGCUGCCCUUGGAUUCUUUGCACUGGAUUCUCUCUCCAGCCACAGGAGCACUUAGCAUUUGCGAAGCAGUGACAUCAUUUAGAUGAGUUAAGUGAUUAAAGUGGAAGUAAUGUUACCAGUGUUUUCACCAUUUAAAAAAAAAAAACAAACUUGAUUUCUUCGCUCAAUAUUAUUUCGUUUUGUUUGGGGGCAGGAGUUUUGUUAUAUAUUUUGCUUGGAGGUUUGUUGGGGGCUGGGAACUGAAAGGAUAUGAUAUGCCAUGAAGUUAUAGAAAGUCAACGGGUCCCAGGGUUUUUACCUGGACUUUAAAAUAAAUCUGAGUUAUUGAGGAAAAUUGAGAAAGAAUUACUUUUUCCAGAAUUACUUUUUUUUUUAAUGUGAAGGUAAGAUUUUCAAUGCUGCAUGUGUUCAACAGAAUAUGAUCCCUUUCAAGCCAACAAAAAUAGUUUACAUAAUUAUGUUUGGAAGGGACCUGAUUUUGUUAACAUGAAUGUUUAGUAACAAGUCAUCACCACUGAAACCACAAACGGAACCCGAACCCGUUCUUAUCUGUUCAUUCUUUCCUACCAGCAGUUACCGUUUGUAAGAAUUGCUUGGGUAUUUCUAUAAAUGUUGCAACUCCUUCUGCACAUCUGCCUGUGUUAGCUAGACCACUAGUUUCAAAUGUUGCCGUAUAAAUCCAGUCAAGGAGUCAUUUUUCAAUAGAGUUUUUCAAUAUAUCCUUUCUAAAAUGAAUCAUGGAGUGUGUUUUAAUUUCAUAUGAAGUAGGAUUGAGUCAAUCUACCACUGUAGGAAACAAAAAAGAAACAAAUUAAUAAUGGCUAUGGAAAGUAAAUUAAAUGCAAUAUAUUCUGAAAGGCAAAUUAAUGUAAAGCUACCAUGAAACACGAAAGCAUCCCCUUUCCUAUCUCUGUCUAACAAUAUAUUAAUAGUUGGUCUUGAUGGAGACGAUUCGAAUUAAAUAACAUAGAACAAGUUUUUCUGGUUCAUGUUGUCUGUGGUGCAAAAUGCAUUUGAAACAGGUGGUCUCGGUUUUAAUGAUUACGUUUGCUUUUGAGUGCACAGCACACAUCUGUGACUGUGACAGACAUCAGCUCCAUCCUGUAAGGUCACAAGCAGAAUGAUCAUGUGGCUGUUCAUGAAAAGUUAAAGUUUAAAGUCCUUUUCCUUCUUUUCACCAAGAAAAAAAAAAUCCAACAACUUAAAUGCAAUAAAAACUGUAUUGCCUGUUUUUAGAGAGCAAGAAUUUGGUCAGGAAAUUACCGAAAGGAAUUCAUUUUAAACAUGUUGUAAAAUCAGUGUGUCUGAGUGUCAUUUCUGUUCAUGCUGACAGAUGUAGACACCUUCCCGUCAUUUGUGGUGGAUUUAUAGCUGUGUCUGUACAACUGGUGGAAGAACUGCUUGGCAACACAUCGACUUCACCCAUUCAGAUGGCGGCAAGAUCAGUAUUUUUCGGGAUCCUUGGGAAUCCCUGGUAAUAAAUGAAUCUCGUGGGUCUGUCCCAAACGUCAGGCCCGCAGUGGUCUCAGGACCGUUCUGGGGUGGCUGAACCCUGAUGCCGUCCCUUCAAAGCCUGCAUUAGAAGAUGUAGCACAAGUGUGAGUAAAUCCUCUACUUGAAUCUGUGUCUCCUCCUUGAGGUGAUAUAAGGAAGCAGGAGAGACACUGAAGUAGUUAAAGAAGUGGGAAAGGAUUUUCAGUACGUAUCACUGUAUGAUCCGUGGGAUCACGUGGAUGCCUUUAAAACUUUUCUUUUGAACAUUUGAUGGUUGGUAGAUUGACGAUGAUGAGUCUGUUUUUAAUCACUGAAAAUGUAAUAGCAUCUCUAUGGGAGAACCGAUGAAGGUAGGUUGGCUUUGAUGUGGGCUGGGGAAUAUGCAUAAUGAGGUUUUAAAGCAAUAAAUGAUGUUUUUGGUAGAAA